AUGGAUACUAAAACUUUGUCAACAGAAUCGUUAGAUAAGAGCACUACGGCUGCUCCACCACUGUCAAAACCGUCUUCUACUACUUCCACAUCAUCCAUUAAACAACCAUACACUCCAGAAUCUAUCAGUUCAUUAGAUUGCAAAAUCUUGCAAUAUGAAUAUGGUAUCUAUAAAUUAGAGCAAUUAAUAAAUCAUAUCAAGAAAUUAAUAUCGGAGUCGCAAUCGUCUCCAAAUCUUCCAUUACUUCAUUAUAUUGUAUUAUUAGUGGGCAAUACAUUUGCAAUCAGUGAGAAAUCAUUUGAUCAAAGAUUAGAUAUAUUAUCCAACUAUCAAUUGUUCAAAAAUACCCCUAUAAAUAUUACAGCAACUACCUCACAUAUUCCUUAUGAUACACCAGAUUUAAAGAUUGUUCCGGUAAACGAUCUACCAGAAAUACCAACAGCUAUUAAAUGUUUGAAACAAUUAGAAUCCUUAUGUAACACUUGUUUACAAGGGUAUUUGAAGAAGUUGGAACAAGCAAAAAUUGAGAAAUCUAAACAAGUGAAAAGUAUUGACAAUUCGGAUUAUUAUGUAACUAUAAGAAAAAUUCUUGUUAAUGAGAUUUUCCAUGAUGAUAUUGAUUUAACAAUUACCGAUUCCACUUUUCCAUUACCUAUAGACAAUGCUGAUUUGAUGCAGAAUGAAAAUUUCCAAGAAGCUUCAUUGAUUGAUAUGGAUGUUAAAGAACUUUUCAUCAUUGUAAGACACAUGGAACGUCUGUUGAGUUCAUUGAAACCUUUGAUCAGUAAAUUAAAGAAACCAAAUAAUGCCGAUCCUUAUGCACUUCAUAAAGUAUUCCUUUUGACUCAGAGAUUAAAUGAUAUCUACACGAUUAUACGAAGAUAUGGGAGAAACAUUUAUCUUUCCAAUUAUCAACACUUGGUAGAUUCAAAGUUUUUGUAUCACUGCAAAAAUCCAAAUUAUUUCAAGACAAACAAUUUGAAGGAUAUGAAUGAUUAUUUCAACUCCAUGAAGAAAAAUGGUACGCUUAUUGCCAACUUGACAAGGUUGAUUAGACAAGAUGCCAAAUUUGAUAUUAACAGCAAAAAUGUCACCAACAAUAUGAAUUUCACUUCACAAGGUUUUUUGGUUGUUGAAAACACAUUAGCCAAGUUGAAGGAUUUUGGUAUGAAUUGGAUCAUCAGUGAGUUAAAGUUUAGAAGAGUUUAUCAAUUGCCGAAAAAGAAUCUUUUUGAUGUUUACCAAUCAGUUCCUGAAUUUAAGCCAAAGGGGGAAACUAUAGUAGCCCCUGCUCCUGUUACUGCUCCGCCGGGUCCGGCUACGCCUACAAAAAGCAACAGCCCAGCUCCUGAACCACAAUCAAAGUCAACCGAUAGUACUCCUUCCACUACAUCCAAUGGGGAAUCAAUGGAUAAAGUUCUUGAGAAGUUGACUAUCAAUGAUUCUUCUACUAGACUGAGAUCAAGAUCAUCAUCUGUUUCAAGUAUAACAAGCAAUGGUUCAUCUUCAGGAUUAAUGAGAAGAAGCUCAAUAUCUUCACCAAUCAAGACAUCCGCAAUGUUACCCAAUGGUAGAGGAUCUCCAAGAACCCUUGGUAGAACUAACUCAUUAUUGUCCAUGCAACAAAGCUCAUCGGUGUCGGAUUUAAACUCUGAAAAAUCAUCAAGUUCACCUGCAUCACCUGCUACGGGUGGAAGGAGAAGAUCAAACUCACAACCAAUAGGUAGGGAUGCGAUUCUUGCUACUUCGGGAGCAGCUGCGGCUUUAACCAGGAAUGGAAGUAUUACACGAAGCUCUCCACUUAAAUCUCCAAGUACGAGUUCUAUACCAAAAGCUAAACAAUCACCAGAAAGAACUCCAUCAACUUCGGGACCAAGUAGAGUUACUCAAAAGUUGCUUAAAGUAGAAGAAGAAGAAUCAAUUCAUUUUUCAUCAUCCACCACUUCUUCCAUGUCAUCACCACCUCCUCCAGGAACAAUCAAUGAUGCUGCUGCUCCAGCAGCACGUGCAGCUGCCAAAUUGACUGCUGCUCAAAGAUUUCAACAAAAGGUUAGAGAACAGGCUAAAUCAGGUUCUCUUGUUACCCAACAAAAGGAGACGCUUCAUUCGGUUACCUUUGAUCCGAACAAUGCAGCAAAAUUCCAAUUGAAAAAAUACAUUGAUAACCCACCUGCUCCUUCUCAACCAUCUCAAGAACCAAUUAUUAAUGAACCAUCAGAAGAAUUACUGCCUGAAGUUGAAGAGAAAGUAGCAGUGAUACCACAAAGAAGAACACGUGCUCAAGUGACUAGACAAAAUACUCGUCGUAACUCAAGAAUUACAUUUAAUGAGCCUGUAGAUAGUGUAUCAUUAUCUACCAAUAGUUCCAUUGAUCAAGCAACCACUGUUACAAAUAGCAGUGGAAGUGAGAGCAGUGUUACUGAUGGUAGUGCAACAGUAACUGUCAAGCGGGUUAGAUUUACUGGUGUUCCAGAAUGGACUGAAGCUGAAGAUGCACCUACAAAAUAUUCUAAUGCUAUUUUAAGAAAUUUUGCUGUUUUUAGACAUCCAAUAAGAGCUACUAAAGCUGCAUGUGUUAAAAGUGACCAAUUGUUGAAAGAAGAGAGUAUGUCUUUUAGAACUACCUCUAUUCAAGAUGAUAACGAUGCUACGCUUACAAACAAACAAAGAACUGGACUUUCUAGAAUUAAAAAUAGAAUAAUGUAA